GCAACACUCAGUGCUGUCAUUAGCGCUGCCAAUUAUCGCCGCCUUAUUUCACCACCUAAAAUCGAGGAAAAAUAGAAAAAGUGCAUUAAAAUUCAUUGUGCUCAACACUAUUCGCGGGAGAACGUUGAUAAAAGUCGCAUAAUUUGCAACUCAUUUCUCCCAAGAAUAAAAUAAUACCAGAGCGAGUAGGUUGAAUAACCAAAAACGAAAAAAAUACAUAAACGACGAAAUAUUUGAAAAUAGGUUUUUAAAACGAUUAUUAAAAUAAUAGAAAAGAUUGUGUAAUAACAUUCAUUUGAAAUGGCGCAUAAGCUGAUGCAAUCAGCGAAGGCUAUGGAGCGUUGCCUUCGGCGAAGCUAUAUUACCACUAACCUGAAUGUGGUAGCUUCAGGACGCAAUGUUGUUGGAACGCCUGCGUUUAUAGAAAUACCAGUAAUACAAUAUCUUGUGGAACAGAUUCAGUACUUUUGCAAAAAACCACCAAAAGGAUUUGAAAAGUAUUUUGAAGAAGGAAAGGCAGCGGACAAGAAAUCUGAGACUGAUGCAUCUAAAAACAAACCUACCACAAGUAAAGAUAGCAGUAGUACUACUUCAACCAACAAAAGUGAUUGGAGCUUUGGUAUGUUUACUAACAGCUCAAAGGGGUCAGAAGGAAAUCGAGGACCCGGUGGUGGAGGCGGUAGGCCACUUGGAGAGGGUAGCGGCGGGGAUCGCGAAAAAUGGAUAAUAUUUGGUGCAGUCAGUGCGGUUGCAUUGGUUGCAUCGAUCGCAUUUUUUGAAAUGGGAUACAAGGAGAUCUCAUGGAAGGAAUUCGUCAAUAACUACCUCAAUAAGGGCUUAGUCGAAAAGCUGGAGGUGGUCAAUAAAAAGUGGGUGCGAGUUCGUCUGCUGCCGGGGAAUUCACAAAACUCUAGUGGUGUGCUUUGGUUCAACAUCGGCAGUGUAGAUUCUUUCGAGCGUAAUUUAGAAAAUGCUCAAACGGAUCUCGGCAUUGAAGCCUUAAAUUACGUGCCUGUUAUAUAUCGCACUGAAGUUGAGGCGUCAGCUUUAACGGGACUGCUGCCAACACUGUUAAUAAUAGGAUUUUUAGUUUAUAUGAUGCGUAGAUCAGCUGAUAUGAUGGGCGGUGGGCGUGGACGAAAGGGCGGCGGUUUAUUUGGAGGUGUUAUGCAAUCGACAGCAAAACUCAUCAAUUCCAAUGAGAUUGGUGUCCGAUUCAAGGAUGUUGCAGGUUGUGAGGAGGCCAAAAUUGAAAUUAUGGAAUUCGUAAACUUUUUAAAAAAUCCCCAACAAUAUAUUGAUCUUGGCGCCAAGAUACCAAAGGGUGCUAUGCUGACUGGUCCACCUGGAACUGGUAAAACGUUGUUGGCGAAGGCAACAGCCGGUGAAGCGAAUGUACCGUUUAUUAGCGUAUCCGGUUCUGAGUUCCUAGAAAUGUUCGUUGGCGUAGGCCCUUCACGUGUGCGCGAUAUGUUUUCAAUGGCCAGAAAGCAUGCACCCUGCAUUCUAUUCAUCGACGAAAUUGACGCUGUCGGCCGAAAGCGUGGUGGUAAGUCCUUUGGUGGGCACUCGGAACAAGAAAAUACAUUAAACCAGCUGUUGGUUGAAAUGGAUGGAUUUAACACGACUACAAACGUUGUUGUAUUAGCGGCAACAAACCGUGUAGAUAUAUUAGACAAGGCAUUGAUGCGCCCAGGCCGAUUUGAUAGACAAAUAUUCGUCCCAGCACCUGACAUAAAAGGACGAGCAAGUAUUUUUAAGGUUCAUUUGGGUCCAUUGAAGACGGAUUUGAAUAAACAAGAUCUUUCCCGGAAAAUGGCAGCGCUUACACCUGGCUUCACCGGUGCGGACAUUGCGAACGUUUGCAAUGAAGCUGCACUUAUAGCCGCACGUGACUCGCUUAAUUCCAUAGUAUUGAAAAAUUUUGAGCAGGCCAUUGAGCGCGUGAUAGCUGGAAUGGAGAAAAAGACUAAUGUAUUGGCGCCGGAAGAGAAGAAAACGGUGGCGCAUCACGAAGCUGGUCAUGCGGUUGCUGGUUGGUUUCUAGAAUACGCUGACCCGCUUUUAAAAGUUUCAAUUAUACCUCGUGGAAAAGGUCUUGGUUAUGCACAAUACCUGCCUAAGGAUCAGUACUUGUUAUCAAAGGAGCAGCUUUUUGAUCGAAUGUGCAUGACUCUGGGUGGCCGUGUUGCAGAAGAGUUAUUCUUUAAUCGUAUUACUACAGGCGCGCAAGAUGAUUUGAAGAAGAUAACAGACAGUGCUUAUGCACAAAUUGUACGCUUCGGCAUGAACGAGAGAGUAGGUCAAGUGAGUUUCGAUCCGGGUCAACAAGGAGAUCCAAUGUUUACUAAACCGUACUCAGAAGAAACUGCACAAAUGAUUGAUCAGGAAGUGCGUGUUCUCAUUCAUAAAGCGCACGAACGCACUACGGAUUUGUUGACAACACAUAAGGAAGAUGUGCGGCGAGUAGCUGAGCGUUUAUUAAAGAACGAAGUUUUAAGUCGUGAUGAUAUGAUCGAACUAUUGGGUCCACGACCGUUCAAAGAAAAGUCUACAUAUGAAGAAUUUGUUGAAGGUACCGGCUCAUUUGAGGAGGACACGUCUCUGCCGAAAGGAUUGCAAAAUUGGAAUAAGGAAAAAGAGGAUGAGAACAAAGAGACACCCCCACCGAAGCCCGUCCCUACUCCUUAA